UAUUUCUUUGACAUUCUGCUCAAAUUUCAAUACUUUAUUUUCUACUUCUGACGACAAACCUUAACACAACUGUCUGCAUAUUUUUUUUAUAAAAUUUUCUAUUUAGAUCCUAAAAUGGAGUCGGAAAACAACAUGGAUGAUAAGGCGCCACUUCAAUCCCAGUUCGUACCCAUAACACCAAAAGAUUCCCUAUCCUCUGUGGAUUCAGAGCCACCAAUUCCAUUCCCUAAAAAAUUACUACCAAAAACCAGAACCCUGGCCACGCGAAAAUCAAUCCCAACAAAAACCAUGGUUAGAGAAGCCUUGAAAACAAUUGCAAAACCCAAGGAGACAGCAGCCGAACGGGCAUCACGACAACGAAAAACUCUCAGUUUGCGGGGAAUUCAACAAUUUAUGGCUCUCAAAUAUUUCAUCACAAAUCCCGACAUGAAGUCGCGAAUGCCCCAUGUCAAGAAAUACCUAAAGGAUCUCUUGGAUAAUGGCCAGCUGAAGAGUGUCAAAAGCGGUGCCGGUUUGACGGGUUCAUUUUGGGUUCCAGCUAGAAGUCAGCUGCAGAAGGACCUGCAAAAUGUUAAAAAUAAACCCAAGGCUAGAAAAUCUCUGAAAUCAAAGCAAAAGAGGAAAGGCCACAAGGCCAGACGAGGAGGUGUGAAGAAGGCAUUGUCUCGUCAUAAAUAACUUCAAAAGCCAUAAUUAUUUUUAAAAUCAAUUAUAAUUUCUAAAUAUUGGAUAUAUUUUAAUACAUUUUACGAAAUUAAA